UUUUUAUCUUUUUUUAAGGGAGUAAAUGCUUACUUUAAAACUCUAAAGAAAAGCAGUUUUCUUUUUCGGAGUUCAUUCUUCAAACUACUGGUAUUUCAAACAGUACAAGUGAGAGAAAUGGAAGAAAGCGAUCAGAACAACAGCAAGGAAACAAUGAAAGAUGUUGAAGAAAGACAUCUUCCAGAUGAUAUCAUAACUCAGCACAUCCUUCCAUGGCUUCCCCUCAGACCUUUAAUCCGAUGUAAGCUAAUUUCAAAGCAAUGGAAUCGUAAUGUCAAUUUCUUCCUUGAUUAUAUCAAACCAUCUAUAUAUAGUCCCCCUUUUACCCCAAUUAAAUCCCUCUUUAUUCAAUCUGGUAGUAAAUUUUACAUUUAUACUUGCAAUAAUCAUGAUCAUGAUGAUGUUGAUGUUGAAUAUAUUCAUGUUAGUGAAUAUAAUUUGGUUGAAUUAAAUGCUGAAUUUGAUGUUGGUAAGAGGGAAAAUAUUGGAUUAGUUGGAUCGUGUAAUGGUUUGGUUUGCUUAGGUGAAAUAUAUGGAAAAUAUUUCAUUUUAUGGAACCCUGCUAUUAAUCAAUUUCAUAAGUAUUUUUUGUUUUCGAAACAUCACUUUCAUAAAUAUUACUUGGAAUAUUUGGAGCAAGAUUCUAAAGAAAUUUGUUGGGGGUUUGGUUAUGUAUCCUCUAUUCAUGAUUAUAAGGUGGUUAGAAUCUCUCAGUUCCGGUUUCAGGCCAAGGUCGAUUCAGUUCAUGUGUUUUCAUUAAGGACUAACAGUUGGAGUAGGAUUGAAUUUGGUGUUGGUGAAUGUAAACUAGUGGGUCGAUCAAGGUUGGUUAAUGAGACUUUGUAUUGGAGAAAGGAGAAUGAUAAUGUUAAUGGGGGUGUGCAAAUCGUUUCGUUUGAUUUGGGUCUUGAGACUUUUGCUAUGUUACCUGAUUUGGCUAUUCGUGCACCCGGGAAUGCUGUCUUAGGUGUAAUGGGAGGGUGCUUAUCCGUGUGUGUUCUCAGCUCUGAUACUGAUUUAGUGAUACACAUUGUGAAACAACAAGGAAGAGUGGUUAAGGUUUGUUAUUCUGAUUUGGGCAAGACCGAUAAUAGUUUCAAUGAUUUGAUCGGGUUGACAAAGGUUGGCAAGAUAUUCGUUGUUUAUCCUGGUUGCUUUGUGCCAUGCUUGAUUGUUUCAAGUUCAAAGAAAUCAAUUGUGACAUUUAAAGCUAAUGGAAGACAUCGGAGCAAUUAUAUGGACAGUUAUGUUCCGAGUCUGGUUUCACCUCUUCCGCAAGUGGAAUUGACUAAUGCAUUAAGACAGGUUGCGUAGACAGUUGGCUGCUGUGGCGGUUUCUGUGGAGAUGUGAAUUCAAUGACGCGACUGACCUCUGUUUUGGACUGAAACGAACUCUUUGCUGAUGUGAAUUUUUAGUGGUUUUGUUAGGAAUUUAAUCUAUCAACCUCUGCUUUGAGCUAUGCAACCUUAUGUUUAUAUCAAUGAUCCAUGGAGUAUAUGUGUAAAUGAUGUUGUGAAUGUUAAUGGUAUGAGUUGUAUGAAUUAAGAUAUAGUGCAUGAAAAAGCAUAUAAAUUGUACGUCCUCCA